UUUCACACGGUCCACGCGGGCACAAUUCCCCCAUGCUUGGAGGGCUGGGACCAAAGCAGAAGCGCAAGAUUAGCACCGACUACGACAUGCCCCCUUCGUCCUCCAGCAUAAUUGACCAGACACGCGUCCGCUAUGGCUUCCUCGCCAUGCUCGUGUUCAUCACGGUCAUGUCACUGUCGACACUGAACAGCUCGCUGCGGUCGACACCGUCGUUCCGGAUCCCAUCCUACUUGGACACAUCUGCCGCGCCGUUGGCGAUCGCAUGGCAACACAUCCCUGACCGAUUAGAAAUCGGUUUUGUGGCCGAUCUAGACAAGGCCAGCAAGGUCGCGGACAGCAAGAAGCCCCUGUUUCAGUCGUACUUUCAAAAGGCCAUCUUGGUCCGACACGAGAAGAUGGGCAGUUUUGCCGCCGAUGACAACGCCAAGUACGAGUACUCCGUGACAUGGAAAGACAUGGCAACGUUCAGCACGACUCUGAACGAAGCCGGGCGCGGGUUCGAGCUGAGCGAGCUGGCGUGGUAUCAAGGUCAGUUGCACUCGUUCGACGACCGGACGGGGCUCAUCUUCCGCCUCGAAAAUUAUCACAUGCACAACGGACCAAAUGACAUGCGCGCCGUGCCAGUCGCAAUCGCCAUGGAAGGAGACGGGAUGACAACGAAGGGCCAAAAGCAUGAGUGGGCUACAGUCAAAGACGGCGAGCUCUUCAUGGGGAGCAUCGGGAAAGAGUUUACAUCUGGGACGGACGUCGUCCAUGAAAACAACAUGUGGGUCAGCAUCCUCGCCCACAACGGCGCGAUUCGGCACGAGAACUGGUCAGACCGCUUCAAGAAGAUUCGGGAAGUCGUCGGGUGCGGGUAUCCUGGCUAUGUGAUCCACGAAGCCAUCGAAUGGAGUCCUGUGCGUCGUCAGUGGUUCAUCCUGCCACGCCGCGUGUCGAAAGAAGGUUACGACGACAUGGCGGACGAGAAGCGUGGCUCGAACGUCAUGAUCAUCGCGUCGGAGGACUUUAGUCACUUGGACGUGCGCACCGUGGGAACGAUUACCCCCGAGCGCGGCUUUUCCAGCUUCAAGUUCGUGCCGGGAACCCAGGACUCUGUCAUCGUCGCGUUGAAGAGCAUGGAGAACGAAGCGUUGAGCUCGCAAGCGGCGUACGUGACCGUCUUCACCGUGGACGGCGUUGUGUUGAUGCCAGAGACGUCGCUGCCGGGGUCGUACAAGUACGAAGGCGUCGCAUUUCUCCAUGAUUAUUGACCCAAUCGAGUAUUUAAUGCACUCGCACAACACUUGCCUACGGCAUCUUUCGC